CACUCUGCUUGGGGGGGGCAGAUGCCCGAAUUUCGAGUUUGUUUGUUUGUUUGUUUGUUUGUGCUUUGUGUGCAACCUCGAACAGUUGAUGUCGACUGAACGGCCUGAAGUGGAAAAGUUUCGAUUGUGAGGGAAGGAAAUUACCUUAGGAGUGGACUAGCGCGUCGUUCGAGGAGCUCGCGAGGGGCAGCGCUGUUGCUAUGGGAACACACAACCAGAGUUGUGUGUUUUCCCUCAGUCACUUCCGUAGCAUCGUUAGCAUGGAGAGUCUAAAUAAUCUUUAUUCUUCAAUAUGCUCUGAUCUUCAGCUGUCUCCGAAUACUUACAUUUCUCAAGAGCUGAAAGAGACGAAAAAAUGCGACAGAGAUGUUUCUCUCAAACUGAGGGGCAACAACCGACUGAAACAAGUGUUCCGAUUAACAGAUGAAGACGUUAAAGCCUUGUCUAAAACACUCCGGAAUAAUUUACAUGUGAAAGCUUUAGAUCUCAGAUACAACAAGAUCUCGGAUGAAGGAGCAGUCCAUCUUGCGGAUCUCAUCCAGGAGAACGUGGCUCUGCAGGAGCUCGAUCUGAUGUGUAACAGCAUUGAAGCCGGUGGUGCAGAGCGAAUUGCAAAAAGUUUGCAUCACAACACAACCCUGAAGAAACUGAGAAUGACGGGAAAUAAGAUUGGGAAUAAAGGCGCCAUGCACUUCGCCAGCAUGUUGCAAAUCAACACCGCGUUAGAAGAGCUGGAUGUGUCGGACUGUGACCUGGACACACAGAGUUUGAUUACAUUUGCGAUUGUUCUUUCGAGCAACAGAAGCCUCGUCUCCAUCGACGUCAGUCGUCCCCUCCUCUUCAGUCUGCAGAACGAGACUACAGUCCACACGGCUCACAUGCUGGAGGUCAAUCGCAGUCUGAAGGAGCUUCACAUGGGCAAACACAGCAUGACAGACUGUGGAGUUCAGAGACUGUGUGAGGCGUUAAUAUCCAACCACAGCCUGCGUUACCUGGACCUGCGCUGUAACAGAAUAACGAGGGACGGUGCGAGAUGCCUGGCCAGACUCCUGAGAAACAACGACACGAUGCAGAUUCUGGACCUGUCCUUCAAUCGGAUCGAGGACGACGGCGCGGUGUACCUGAGUGAUGCCAUCUCGUUGAAACACACCAAACUCAGAGCACUCUCCAUCCAGAGCAACAACGUGUCCACCACCGGCCUGCUGUCCCUCAGAGAGGCCAUCAAUGCUAAUCCUCACCUCACACACAUUUACAUCUGGGGGAACAGACUGGAGGAGCCGGUGUGUGAGGCUUUCUCACAGCUCAUCUCCUCGAGCCGUCUGUCUGAGCAGCACACAGACGUGACUCCGUACACGGCAGACGGGCGUGUCCACCUGGCUGAGGUGUCCAACGGGUUACGCCGGCAUUAUUACUGGACCCCGUCCUACAGCGAGGACGGAGGUGCUGCCAGUAACGCUGCUCUGACUCUAAACAUCACACCAGCUCACACUUCAGCCUAACUGAGCUCAACAACCCGUAAAUAAACACACCCCGUGUGUUAGUCUGGGGUUAAAUCAUA